UAAAUCUUCUAACAUCAUCACAAAAUGUUGGUAAUACUGGUGUCAAUAAUGAAAUUAUAUCAAUUUUAGAAGAAUUACGCGAGAGAAAUAUUAUAGUAUAAUGACAAUCUUAACCAGUUUAGCUGAGGAGUUACAUGGACCAGCGAGAAAAAUAUUUCCUAGACGAAGCGUAGUAACACGGUUUAAAGAUGAUCUCUGGCAAGCUGAUUUAAUAGACAUGCAACCACAUUCUAGACAAAAUAAUGGUUUUAAAUUCAUUUUAAUUAUUAUAGAUACAUUUACCAAGUAUGUGUGGGUAGAAGCACUAAAAAAUAAAACAGCAAAGGAGUGUACAAAAGGUAUAAUAAAAAUAUUAAAAAAAAAUCAACCAAAAUUAUUACAAACAGAUAACGGAACAGAAUUUUACAAUAAUGAAUUUCAAAGUAUAAUGAAUAAGUAUCAUAUUAGACAUUAUUCAACAUACAGCAGUAUAAAGGCUGGUAUGGUUGAACGCGUUAUAAGAACAAUAAAAAAUAAAAUUUACAAAUAUUUUACAUCAACAGGUUCAUGGAAUUGGAUAAAUUCAAUUUUUAAAUUAGUAUAUAAUUAUAAUAAUACAAAACAUUCAACAAUAAAAUGUUCACCACACGAAGCUCGGAUCAACCCGGUUACAAUUAAAGAAAAACAUUACAAAUUAAUACAUCAAAUAAACUUAAAUUUAAAAUUAAUGACAAAGUGAUAUUAUUAAAGGUCGACCUCGUAGACGAAUAAUUUCAGAUUUUACGUGAGUCUGUGAUAUAGCUGCAGAAAUAAGUAUUAAAUCUGUACGUUGAUAGUUGCUGAAU